UUUGCAAGAGUCAUGGGUCAUGAAGCAGGUUUGUCCAGUGAAGUGAGACAAAGUUCAGGGACUGACCACUGCAGAGCGACGCAUAAUGCCAAGGACAGCCAGGAUGUCUCUUAAAAGUUCAAAGGGAGGACCAGACAGUAGACCAUCCUCUGCCAACAGCAUGUCUCCACGAGGAGGGAGGGGUGCAGCUGCUGGCAGAUCGCUCGCUUCUGGGAGAUUCAAAAACAAGGCCCUUCAGCUCAGCCUCUCCAAGAAAUUCUGCUCAAAGUCACAGUCUCCUUCGGCCAAGGGGAAGGGCUCUGGUGAGGAUGACGGUCAACGACGCAGUAAAAGGAGCCUCAGCAACAGUUCAGCAGUGGCCGCCGCCUACAUCUCCUUCCUCAAUAAACUCUUUGGACAGGAGAGAGAGCUGAUGCCAGAGGAGUUAGAUGAGCUGCAGGAGGCCUUCAAGGAAUUUGACUACGAUGCGGAUGGCUUCAUCCAUUACAAAGACAUAGCAGACUGCAUGAGGACCAUGGGCUACAUGCCUACAGAGAUGGAGCUCAUCGAGAUCAUCCAGCAAAUCAAGAUGAAAUGGGGUGGUCAUGUAGACUUUGAUGAUUUCUGUGAGCUAAUGGGACCAAGGAUGCUGGCUGAGACAGCUCAUAUGGUCGGGCUGAAGGAGCUCCGCUGUGCCUUCAAACAGUUUGACUGUGAUGGUGAUGGAAAGAUCACACUCGAUGAGUUGAAGGAGGGCAUGAAGACCCUCCUGGGGGAGAAGCUGAAGAAAGGAGAGCUGGAGGAGAUCCUCAGCGACAUUGACCUCAACAAAGAUGGCAACAUCGACUUUGAUGAGUUUGUUAUGAUGCUUUCUGCACGAUGACCUCCUAUGGAAGAAGAUGGAGCAUUCAGCACUGGAUCCAUAGGGCUGUGUACCAUAUAUCCAUAACCACUGUUUAUUCCUGCUGCUGCAGUCUUUCCUCUGUAUAUUUGAAAUGUAUGAUUGUAAAAAAUAGAGACAAAGAUAUCUAUUUAUAUUUUGAUAAUAAAGACUGAGUUUGAGUAAAUAUUAGGGGUAAGGGGUGAGUUAUGAAACGCUUAACUUUACGAAGCAAUAAUGCUGCAUUGUCGCCCCCUGGUGGAUCAAAGGUGUAGAGACUCGAAAUGACGCUACAUUCAUUUUCU